AUGGCGACGUCGGGCCAAGUCAAGCGCUCUUCUUCUCACCUGGAAGCUGCUGACAACAAGCGACCCAGACAAUACUAUCACCAUCACCACCGCCUGGCCGAACCAGUGUCUCUGCCGCAGGCUUGCGAGCCUGCUCUGCAAGAUGAGGACAAUGUCGAGCAUAUGAUGAACAGGGCGAUAGGGCAUUUUCUCCGAGAUGCAGGAUUUGACAUGGCCGAUCCAGCUGCGUUGUCCAGUUUCCGCAGCGCCGCGGAAGAGUACUUGCUACACAUCUCCAAAUUCGUUCGCCAGUCCAUGCUAUCCGCACGACGUGUCCAACCGAUCGCACCCGACUUUGAAUAUGCGUUGAACCACCAUCGCAUCACACCCGAUGACCUCCGUCCCUAUCUCAAGUUACCUCCAACUGUCACGCCAAUCCGCACUCUCCUUCCAUCUCCACCACCCGAGGAUGAAGUGAAACGCAAACUCCCCUUCUUGAAUGCCCUCCGAGGCGAAGAGAGCGAGACCAACCGGUCAUACGUGCCCAAGCACUUCCCCGAUUUCCCCAGCAAACAUACCUACUCCUCUACCCCGGUGUUUACCGAGCGCGACAACGACCCGCGCAAAAUCCGCGAACGCGCCGCGGAAGAUGGUCGACAUGGUGAAGAGGCAUUGCGAAAGCUGGCCAGUGCUGCGUAUCGCGACAGCCCGACUGGCGCGAUCGGCCGGGAUAAGAAGCUCUGGGGCAGGCGGAUGGAGAGCAUGGAGACUAUGUUUGAGAAGACUGUGAAGGGAUUGGCCAAGAAGCUACACAAAGAUCCGCUGGCUGCUCCAGGCUUGAAUGCUGCUGUGGGUUCUGCCAUGGAGAUUGAUUCAGGCCCGGUCUUGGGCUUGGACGGAGACGCAAAGGCUCGAGCCAAGGUGCCGUGGAAUCAGGAGAUGGGCCCGAUUGUCAAUUGCGAGCGAGAUUAUUGGCGACGAACAACGGCGGCCAGCAGACGAGGUGCAGAUGAUAAGACGCCAAAGCCGACUACCGCUGUCGAGGCUGUGGAUGGCCAUUUGGGCACAUGA